GGCGGCGGCGGCGGCGGGGGGUCUCCAAGAUGGCGGCUUCCAUCUCGGGCUACACGUUCAGCUCCGUCUGCUACUGCAGCGCCAACAGCAGCGCCGACCACGAAGGAUUUCUGCUAGGAGAGGUAAGACAAGAAGAGACCUUUAGCAUUAGCGACUCGCAGAUCAGCAACACCGAGUUCCUACAAGUCAUCGAAAUCCAUAACCACGAGCCUUGUUCAAAACUCUUUAGCUUUUACGACUAUGCAGGCAAGGUUAAUGAGGAGAGUUUGGACAGAAUUCUUAAAGAUCGAAGAAAAAACGUUAUCGGAUGGUACAGAUUUAGGAGAAACACUCAGCAGCAGAUGUCCUAUAGAGAGCACAUCAUUCAUAAACAGCUGACCCACAUUCUCGGAGUGCCUGAUCUUGUCUUCCUUCUCUUCAGCUUCAUUUCCACUGCAAAUAACUCCACCCAUGCUUUAGAAUAUGUGCUUUUUAGACCCAACCGAAGGUAUAAUCAAAGGGUGUCACUUACUAUUCCCAAUCUAGGCAACACCAGUCAACAGGAAUACAAAGUCUCUUCAGUGCCAAAUACUUCUCAGAAUUAUGCCAAAGUUAUUAAGGAACACGGUACUGAUUUCUUUGACAAAGAUGGAGUGAUGAAGGACAUCAGGGCUAUAUAUCAGGUUUAUAAUGCACUUCAGGAAAAAGUACAGGCAGUUUGCAUAGAUGUAGAAAAAAGUGAACGCGUUGUUGAAUCCUUUCAAGCUGACGUAAACAAGUUAAAAAGGCAAAUCACACAGAGAAAAAACGAAAAGGAACAAAAACAAAGGCUGCAGCAAGCAAUUUUAAGCAGGCAAAUGCCAACAGAUAACCUGGAACCCAUGUUUGUCCCACGAAUGUCCUACACUGGAUUCGCCGUGGAAGGCUGCACGCUCGAAGAUUCAGAUGUCUCCGAUCCUCCCCCGCCGUACUCUGAUCUCAAUGCGAGCAGUCAAGAAAGUACUGUCGGUCACGGUCUCCUAGAAAGCAAUGCGUUCAUGCCUCGGCCUCAGGCAGUAGGUUCUUCCAGUUACGUUUCGACAAACGCGGGAUUGAAAUAUUCUGGUAAUGGAGCAUCCAUGCCAGCUUCCCAAAGAGCGGUUGGUGACAAUGUUGACGAGUCAGAAGACAGUGAUUACGAAAACUUGCUCGAACCCACGGAGUCGUCUGACAGCGAAUACUCACAGACCAGGGAUCCCCGACCUUCAGCACAUCCUGACGGCGAUUCCAGGAACGCUCAAACUUCUCAGAUUUGAUAGGGGGAAAAACAAUCAACGUGACACUGGGUUGGUUUGUUUUUUCAUAAUCGUUACAGAGAGAUUUUGGGGAUUUAACCUGGAGGAAAUGAACUACACAGGAUUACUGUGCACGCGAUGUAGAAGACUUGCACUAGAGGGUUUGUUCACCUUGUGAUACAUUUUGCAAGUUUUAUAACGAAAUCAUUAGGAUAAUCAAGUUGUACUAAUACUGGUGAGGUUCAUGGACGUACUGGUAAAUUUAGGCAAAAUGAAAUGGAUAGAAAUCUUGUAGCUUUCGUUGCCGUAUUUUCUUUAAGACGAUAAAUUGGGUUGUAGUAACUAAGCACAGUUAGCCUACAGAUAAUGUUCUCAGAUCAAAACUUACCUCUUGCACUAUCAUGCCUUGAAUUUUAAUUUUUGAAAGGGAAAAAUGUAUCAGCCGCCUUCAAAAUAGCUUUCUCUGGUAAGCCAAAUUGGCCUUUGCGAGCAAAGAAACGUUGCUAACUCUGAGGAGCCUGAUUGAAACAGAUGUGGUCGACCUAUCGGCAUGCUCUUUUAACAGAGAAGGGGUUUGUUUCGACUUUUUUACUAGCAGAAUGUGUGCAUCACUUAAAAAGAUGGUUGCCUUUUUUUCUGUAAAGGGUGUUGGGGGGGUGGGAUGACUGGUAAAAUCAUCCAAAUGAAUGUCAUAGAUAUUAUUCUGGUGUUGCUGGGUUUACAGUGACUUUACGCCACACUAGCCUCAUUUCGUGUCUCGUUUGUUAUUUUAGUAUGAAUGCAAAGUGCACAUAGAGGAGUAAAUGACUGACGGAAGUAGUCAAUUCCACCGUGAUGGGACUUUGGAGUCCGCAAAUUGCGAACGUCAGAAACUGCUUCUUGCGUUUUAUUUGCAUCUGAAUAUUGGGUUUACACUUCUGUGUGAGUUAUUUUAUGUAAUAAAUAGGGGACGGGGUAGGAGAAGAUUGUUUGGGGAGUCCCCUGGGCUUAUUACCUCUCUUCUCUGGAUGGAAUGUGUAAAUGGUUAUUUUAAUUUGAGUUACAGCUCUCAUCCGAAAAUUGCCAUUUGGGAUACAUGAAGUGUGGGAUAUUUAGAGAAUUUCACGUUUGGAUGCACUUAUUUUUUAUUUAAUUACUGCUUGUAUACUAACAUUGCCCAAAAUAUGUGAAAUUGUGCCACUAAAAGGUUUGUAUUAUUGGACUUUUAUCCCGGAUCUGUAAAUGAGAAAACACGCAGUUAAGAUGAGGAUAUCUUAAGCAUGUCACACUUUGGGGUGUGAAUAACCACUUCUUUGGUUUCUACCCAGAAGAACAAAGCAGUUGCUUGAAAGCUCAAAUGUAUCAGAUUUGGAAAAAGACUCAAAUUUCAGUCUGCAUUGUAUACGUAGGCAAAGGUCUGCUCAUUAGCCUCUCUUUACCUGUACUGAAUUAAGCAAAAUGGCUUUGGAAAAAGGAGGUGUUAAAGUUGCCUCCCUUCUGUCGAGUGUUUCCACCUUUAAGCAUCUCGUGGUCUAUUUUAACUAUUUUACAUUAUUCUCGUUAGCCUUAAACUGUUGCAUUUUGUCUUUGAGUGUUGCAAUCCAUUUAACAGAGACCUUGUUCUGGUUUUAUCGCCGGCUAUCUGCAAGCACCUGUGUGUAGUCCAGGUGUUCUAGACGUGUGUGUGUCAAAAUCAGAGCUGACAAGAUGGCAACUACAGUUUUAUUUUUAUUCUGCACAGAACCCUGCAAAAUGUACAUCUCUGACAAAGCAGUUAAAUGUGACAAUAAAAUCUUAUUUAAUCCUGUAAUUUAUAUUUUAAUAUUUGUCAGGCUCUAUGGCAAUGAAAUAAUUCACCGGAAUACAGAAAAGCAGCUUCAAAUGGA